GCGGCACUGCUGGGAGGGAAGCGGGGGGCGCGGCGCUGCCCGGGCCUGGCAGGCUCCACGUGGCGGGCCGACCCCCUCCCGCGGGCCCCCCAGGCCCUCAACCCGCCUCUCUCCCUCUCAGGCCACGGGGAGCCUGGGUAGGGCCGCGUAGCCGUCUUGGCCGGAAAGAGCUGGGUGGGGGCGGGGCCGAAGUCUCGGUCCGCCAUCCCCUCCCCCUCCCCUAACCCUCCCCCUCCCGCCGGUGCCCUGGGGGCCGCCCGCCGCCGGCCCGCCGCCUCCCGCGCAGGAUGUGGUACCAGAGGCUACCCCAGAUAUUCUGCAGCAUUCAGCACCAGUUGAAGGGAGGAGUGAGGCACCAGGACCUAAAGCAUCCUUGCUUCCAGAACAGACUUCCAGCAGCUCAUCGAUGGCAGCACACAGCCCUGGGGCCUCGGGACUGUGCCUGGCAGCAGCAUGAGGAUCAUUUGGAACUACGCUAUGCUGGCACGGUGAUGAGAUUUGAUUACGUUUGGCUCAGAGACCACUGCCGCUCAGCAUCUUGCUAUAACUCCAAGACCAAUCAACGCAGCUUGGACACUGCUAGUGUGGACUUGGGCAUCAAGCCUCAGACUAUACGUUUGAAUGAGACCAUGCUCUUUCUCACAUGGCCAGAUGGUCAUGUGACCAGGUACAGUUUGGAGUGGCUGCUGAAGAAUAGCUACGAAGGGCAGAAGCAGGCUGUCCAACCUAAAAUUCUGUGGAAUGCAGAGAUCUACCGGCAGGCUCAGGUGCUGCCUGUUGACUUCCAGAGUUUUUUGGAGACCAAGGACGGCCUGAAGGAGUUUCUGCAAAAUUUCCUGCUCUACGGGAUUGCAUUUGUAGAGAAUGUCCCUCCAACUCAAGAGGAUACAGAAAAAUUAGCAGGCAGAAUCAGUUUGAUCAGAGAAACCAUCUAUGGUAGGAUGUGGUAUUUUACUUCUGAUUUCUCUAGGGGAGACACAGCGUACACCAAACUAGCUCUGGAUCGCCAUACAGACACCACUUAUUUCCAAGAGCCUUGUGGCAUUCAGGUAUUUCAUUGUCUCAAACAUGAAGGGACCGGUGGGAGAACUCUGCUUGUCGAUGGAUUCUAUGCAGCAGAAAGAGUCCUGCAGAGGGCCCCUGCAGACUUUGAUCUCCUCAGCAAGGUGCCACUGAAACAUGAGUAUAUUGAAAAUGUGGGAGAAUGUCACAAUCACAUGAUUGGAGUUGGGCCAGUCUUGAAUAUCCACCCUUGGAACAAAGAACUCUACUUAAUCAGGUAUAACAAUUAUGACCGUGCAGUCAUCAACACUGUGCCUUAUGAUGUCGUCCACCGUUGGUAUGCGGCGCACCGGACUCUUACAACAGAGCUGAGGAGGCCAGAGAAUGAGUUAUGGAUCAAACUGAAACCAGGCAAGGCCCUAUUUAUAGACAACUGGCGUGUUCUACAUGGCCGGGAAUCAUUCACGGGCUAUCGCCAGCUAUGUGGCUGUUACCUGACCAGAGAUGAUGUGUUAAAUACAGCCCGCUUCCUUGGACUUCAAGCUUAAAACUUCAGCCAUGGAAACGAAGCCUGAUGGCCACUGAGCACACUGGCUACCAGAAAGAAUUGCACAGGACCUAAAGAGCAGGAACAAUUGCUCACGACCUAAAGAGCAGGAACUCGUAUCAAUAUUUAGACUGGCCACCUAGAGCACCCCACAUUAUUUCAGUUUUCUCUUGUUACUGACAUGGGAACAUACAAAAGAAAGGUCCUAUUAGGCUUCAAAGUCUCCCAUCCAAUGGCAAAACACUUUACAUUCUCUUUUAUAGAGCAGGCUUUUUUUUUUUUUUAGUUCCCAGCCUUUUGGUAUAAUCCAGAUCAGUUCACUCCCAUGCUAUCCCCACAAUAAAUCCCUUUGUAUCUGAAUCCCUUAAGACAUUCUUAGACUAGGGGCAAUAUUGCUUAGAGUUGGGAGAGACUUCAGCAUUUAGGUCAACCCCCUCACUUUGGAAAUUAGGAAAACAGAGGCCCUGGGAAAUCAAACGACUAAUUCCAAAGUCUGAGAGGUAGUUUUCAUCAGAGUCGAGACCCAACCCAAGUCUCCUUACUCCCCUCAAUGGAAAGGUCGAGGAUAUCCUGGGAGAUUCUCAGGUCUAUAUCAUUCAUCCUUUGCUUCUUAGCAAGGUCCGUGAGCACAGGUAGAAUCAAGGGAUCUGAAGUUUAACUUUAGACGAGACCUCAGAGAUAAUCCAAUUCCCACCUUUUAUAUACGGGAAGUGACUUAUCCAAGCUCAUAUAAGUAGAAGUGCCUGGGCUUGGAUUUGAAGUCCAAAGAUCAUACAGCUAUGUGACCCUUAGUCUUAUGAUUCCAAAUCCAGUUCACUCUCCUUUAUUGACAUCAGACUCUUGGAUUCAGAUCAGGAAGGGUUAUUAAAGAUCAUCCAGUGUAAGCCCAUCAUUUGGUAGAUGAGGAACAGACAGGUUCAAAAUUACACAUGCAGAAAAAAAUAGUUGGGAAUGCAAAGACCUUGAAGAUCAAAGACCUUGGUUGUACUUAGAGUGAGACACCUUUAAGUCAUAGUUUAGCAGUACAUGGUUAUUUUCCUCAGUUUCCAUUAUUUUAUAACUUUGGUACUAGAAAGUAUUGAAUGCCUUCCAUCUUAGAAUUCUCAUUCUUUGCUUUUGACAUUUUCAUUCAUAGCUAUAGGGGUUUCCUAGAACAUAGUGCUAUGGUUGUAGUUCUUAGCCUCAUAAAUCUCCCUUGGAGCUUGGGGGGGGGGGGUCACAGGAUGGCAGUAAUAGAAAGGACCUCAGAGACCAUCUGAUAAAAACCCCUGAUUUUGUAGAUGAGGACACUGUGACCCAAAGAAGAAAAAAGAAAAAGACUUAUAAGAUCAUGGAUUUAGAGCCAAAGCCUUCAGAGACCAUCAUUGGAGAGAGGCACAGAGAGCUCAAAUGCCUUUGCCCCGGUUCACACAGGUGGCAGAAUUCACAUUUGAGCCCAGAUUAGUGAAUAUUUGAUGUCACAUUUUGAAGGGAUUUUAGAAAUAAACCAGGCCAACUGCCCAAAUUUUACAUGGAAGGACCUGAUGCAGAUAAGGAGAAAGGGCUCACCAGGCUCACCUGUCAGCAAGCAGUAAGGAAGGAUGGUUUAUUUACAAAGUACCUGCAUUGUUCUGCUUGUGUAGUUGCACAGGGACACAAUACCUGUGAGUGGCAGGAUGACCAUUUCUGAUGGACUUUCACAUUUACAAAGCACUUUCAUCUGGCUCCUUUCUGCCUACCCUAGGAGGUAGAUGUUACAGAAAUUCUAAAGGGCCCUAAGACCACCUCCAGGACAACCCAGCCAUGUUACAGAUGAGAAACUGCACAGUGGAUAAGACAGGUGUGUGUGUGUGUGUGUGUG